GUCCGUGAUGGAUGUAACCAGAGCGCCGCACAGACCAAGCCGCCAUAUUCUGGCCUAGCCAUUCGCAAGGCUCCACUUGUGUAGAGCUUCAAGCCUCGUAAAUUUUACCCAAAAUCUUUUGCUUCCCAUAAGCAUAUCCAUAGGCGCCUGUGUAUUUUCAGACGCACGCCGACAUCCAAUUUCAAUCUUCCGGUGACGGUUCCCUACAAAGCCACUGCCAUUUGUGCGCAGCCGCAAUGGACGAUACCGAGCGACGCUCUGCCAAGCGCUCGCGCUUCGACCAAACCGAACCCGAGCCGCGCAAGGCGUCGAGAUUCGAUCGCCGCUCCCGUUCGCCGCCUUCGAGGCGCUCGGAAUCGGCGAGAGAUCGUAGCCCUUUGGCAGAUGACGGCGCGCCUGAGCCGAAGAAGUCGCCCGUGGAUGCCGCUGCUGCGGCCGCCGCCGCGGCCGCUCGAAUCAACGCACAACUGCAGGCGAAGAAAGGCAUCCAGCAUGUCGAUGUUCCUCCGAUCAAAACCGCGACUCCCCCUAUCGGCGGUACGCAGUCGCCCGAUCCGGCCAACACGAUCAAUGGCGAGAUGUAUAUUGCCGAUGGCGACUACAUCAAAGACAUUGAAGUGAACGACCUUCGCAACCGAUACCUCCUGACCAAAGGAUCGACUCAGAAGAUGAUCAAAGAAGAGACCGGUGCUGAUGUUACUACCCGAGGAAACUAUUAUCCCGACAAGAGCAUGGCUACCGCUGCGAAUCCGCCCCUGUACCUACACGUCACGAGCACAUCGAAGAAGGGCCUUGAGCAGGCUGUUGCUAAGAUAGAAGAACUCAUGAAACAGGAGCUCCCCGCGCUGGUCGACGAGCGUCGUUUCCGUCGCCGCGAUCAAGAGCAAGUCGAGAGAGAUGAAUACGGCCGACGCAAAUGGCCCGAGGAGAAGAUCCCCAUCGGCUUGGAAUCCGUCCCGGGAUUCAACCUUCGUGCCCAGGUCGUUGGUCAUGGAGGUGCCUACGUCAAGCACAUCCAGCAGGAAACUCAAUGCCGUGUCCAAAUCAAGGGACGUGGUUCCGGAUACCUGGAGGCGGCUACCAACCAAGAGAGCGACGAAGAUAUGUUCCUUCACGUUGCUGGUCCUGAUCCUAAGAUGGUUGAGAAGGCCAAAGAGCUUUGUGAGGACUUGAUUGCCAACGUCAAGGAGCAAUACGAGGAGUUCAAGAGCAGACCGCCUCGUAGCUACGGCGGCGGUGGUGGCUAUGGCGAUCGGUCCCGCAGCCACGAUGGUGGCCACGGCGGCGGCCACGGUGGUUACCAAGGCCACGGCGGCCAUGGCGGUGGCGGCUACAGCUCUGGACACGGAGGUCAUGGUGCUCAAGGUGGCCACGGAGGCCACGGCGGCUAUGGCGGUCACAGUGCUGCUCAAUCGGCGAGCCCGGCUCCUCCCGGUGGUUCUAACAGCCCCGCUGCCGGAGCCGACUACGCUGCCCAGUAUGCACAGUACUACGGCGGACAGGACCCGUACGCUGCCUACGGUGGUUACGCUGCUUACGUUCAGAUGUACCAGCAGUACUAUGCCGCUGCGCAAGCACAGCAGCAGGGCUCACCCGCACCCCCUGGGACGUCUGCAUCCCCCCCUCCUCCGCCGCCUAGUGAGGCCGCGCCGCCACCACCUCCUCCGAGCUCUGCUCCCCCGCCACCCCCAUCGGGCUCACCUCCCGGCACCGGAGCAUAUGGCUCAGUGCCACCCCCGCCCGGUCUUUAGAGAGAACUUGCGAAAAUUCUAGCCGUUAUUACAUGAUAACUUGGUGAGGAGAAGAGGUUGUGGAGGUGUACUGGAGAACGCAUGAGACGUCGCAGAUGACGGUCAUGGACAUGGUGGAACUGAGGAGCGACUGUGGUUGUACAUGAUUAAACAUAGUAAUACGAGCUUACUCAAGGCCUUAGACAUUGCAUCCGAUCGCAGGUUUAGCAAGGUUGCUGCUGUAUUAUGCCGAGCGUGAAACUCUACAGCACGAUUCGUUUGCGUACCUUGUCUGGAGUCUGUCACCUGUUCGCGACGCAAAAAGGG